AUGACUUACAGCUUUACGUGCUACUCAGACGCCUCCAGUAAUAGCAAAUGCUCGGUGAUAAGAUUUGAAAACGUUACAAUUCUACUCGAUCCUUCCUGGAAUGGCAAUUUGAAGUUCUAUAAAGAGUCCUUGGAAUUUUGGUCGGGUCUCAUCGCUCAAGUUGACAUAGUCCUACUCUCACAGCCUACAUCAGAUUGCCUAGGUGCCUAUGCAUCACUCUACUACAACUUUCUAGGCCAUUUCCAAUCGCGUAUUGCAGUGUAUGCUACCCUUCCAGUGUCAAACUUAGGCCGCGUUGCCACGUUAGAUCUUUAUACAUCAGAAGGUGUGAUAGGCGCAGUCGACUCAAAUGUUAUGGAUAUGGGUGAUUUGGAACAGGCUUUUGAUCAUAUAGUCACUAUUAAGCAUUCUCAAAUUGUGGACCUCAAGUCAAAGUUCGAAGGACUUACUCUGAUCGCGUAUAAUUCGGGUUAUGCUCCUGGUGGAGCCAUAUUUUGCAUCACAACAUACUCAGAAAAAGUUAUAUAUGCUCCUCGUUGGAACCAUACUAAAGAUACCAUAUUAAAUGGAGCAUCGAUCUUGGAUAGUACAGGUAAACCGACCUCAUCUUUGAUGCGCCCAUCCGCUGUUAUCACAACAACGACAUUGAUAGGGUCUUCCCUGCCCUAUAAAAAGCGUGCUUCAAGGUUUAAAGAACUAUUGCGCAACAUUAUCUCUAAAAAUGGAACUGCAGUAAUACCAACCGAAAUCGGGGGUAAGUUUUUAGACCUUUUCGUGCUCGUUCACGACAUGAUCUUUGAACAGCGCAGACAGCGUGUCCAAAAUGAUUUCCCUAUUCUUUUAAUUUCCUAUGCAAAAGGUCGAACUCUUACAUAUGCGAGAAGUAUGUUAGAAUGGCUAUCAUCUACGGUUGUAAAAACUUGGGAAGGUCGGAAUAAUAGAUCACCUUUUGACAUAGGCUCUCGCUUGAAAAUAAUUUCUCCAGACGAACUCUCAAAUUAUACUGGCUCAAAGAUAUGUUUUGUAUCAAAAGUUGAAACUUUGAUUAAUGAGGUUUUGGUUAAAAUAGGGCAUCUCGAGAAAACUACAGUUUUACUUACUGAACCUUGCGAAAAAGAAGGAUCUCCCGACGAUAUAGUUUCUGCAAUGUAUCUUAAAUGGAUGAAAUUCAAUAAGAAAGGUGAAAAUAAUGCGUUCGAUCUGAAGCCGAUCAUGUUUUCGGAAACGCUUUCAUUGAAAAUGUUCAACUUACAGACGCUCACCGACGAUGCCUUAAAUUCAUAUAAAAAUGAGAUUGAAAUUAGAAGGAGUGACCGCUUGGAACUCAUAGCAAAAUUGACGAAAGAUGCCUCCAUAAAAGAUGGUCUUACAGGACCUAAUGGAAUUAUUGACACCCUUAACGGCGAAGAAGACGAGGACGAGGAUGACGACGUCAAAGAUAUUCUAAGCUCGGCGAAUCGCAAUGGAAAGAGUUCUGCAUUGCAACCUAUAGAAAUUCCCAUUGACACUAAAGUUCAAAGUAAUGCCCCUCCUAGAUUUAAAAUGUUUCCAUUCCAGCCUGGAAAGAUUAAAAGGGAUGACUAUGGUGAUGUGGUUGACUUUACUCAAUUCAUCCCAAUAGAUCAACUGGAGACAGCGGAAAAAAGACCGAUUGGAGAUGCAGUUGAUGAAGAAGAUGAUCCAUACGAGCUUGAGGGCCCAAAGAAGAAUAGCAAAAAGAGGCGAAGGGACGACGGUGGAAAUGCUACAAAACAAGAAAAUUUCGAUGACGUUAGUUACCUUGAUUCAUUGAACAAACCUUCUCAUCGCACUGAGAGCAGUUGCAAGGUCAAUUUCCGUUGCUCAGUGGCUUAUAUUGAUCUAUCCAGCUUGGUAGAUCAGCGAUCCAUGACUGUUAUUUGGCCAUCACUCAAGCCACGUAAAAUACUGCUUUUAGCUCCUCCAGACACUCAAAAUGAAAAAGCUGUAGCAGCACUCGAAAAGAAAAAUGUGGAAAUCGUCAAUCUCGAAUACAACAAAACUGCUGCAUUUGACACAACUAUCAAGUCUCUAGAUAUCUCAAUAGAUCCAGAUUUGGAACAACAUUUGAAAUGGCAAAGUAUCAGUGAUGGUUACACGGUAGCACACGUUGUCGGAAGACUAGUAAAAGACUCGAUUCAAAGCGCAGACAGCACCCAACAUAGAGAAAAGCUUGUAUUGAAACCUAUUUCAAAUACCACUAGAAUCCAUCCCAAAUCGUCUUUUUCAAUUGGUGACGUUAAACUUGCGGAAUUGAAGAGAAAGCUCACUCAGAGAAAUCACGUAGCCGAGUUCAAAGGCGAAGGUGCGCUAGUUGUUGAUGACCAAGUUGCCGUCAGGAAAAUUAGUGAUGGAGAAACUGUUAUUGAUGGGUCACCCAGUGAAUUGUUCUACCAAGUGAAGAAUGCGGUUGCUGAAAUGCUUGCUAAAGUUUAG